AAAAACGGAUGAGCAUGACGGAUUCGUGCAAAAUUUCAUAUCUAUUCUGAGACAUUUAUAGAAUAAAAAUACGAAUAAUUUUUUUUAGAACAAUUCGACCAUGGUUGUUGGAGCAUUUCCAGCCGUAAAGCUUGCUGUUCUAGCAUUUAAGCAGCUGAGCAAACCAAUUGCAAAUGUCAUGAAAGAACGGGCCAAAAGUCAUCCAUUCUUUCGGAAAUACAUCUGUAUGCCUCCAGCUCAAUUUUACAAUUGGAUGGAAGUAAAAACGAGAAUGUGGGUAUUGAAUUUGGGUAAACCAGUAAAAAUACCCGAAUUGAAUGAAACACAAGCCAUUGAAUUGGGUGCAAAUUUGCUGGGCGAAACGAUUAUUUACUCAAUCGGUGCUGGUCUAUUGAUAUUUGAAUAUAAACGGCAAUCGGCGAAAGAAUAUGCCAGAGAGGAUCAAAUAUUGGAGGAGAAGCGAGAACUUCAGUGGACACUACAAGAGUUAGCCCUGAAUAUUGAGCGUCAAGAUGCACAAAUUCGACAUUUGCAACGCACCGUAGCUGAAUUAGAGUCUCGAAAAUGGUUACCACGAAUUAAAAUUCUAGGUUCUAGCAAAGAUGAUGAUGAUAAUGAUAAUCCACCACCGGGACCAACACCACCACCA